CCUACCUUCCCUCUUUGGUGACCUCACUUGACACCAUGAUGACUCCUGGUGGACUUCCACGUGGAUGGCCGCAGGCAUUGGCCUCGCCACCCCGUGGAGCACUGGCGUUGGUCGCCUUGCCGCUGUUGGGGGCCAUGAGCCGUGAAAGUCCCUUGCGACGUCUCCUGGUGCAGCUGGUGAUCUUGGCGUUGCGUGUGUCCACACCAAUGGCGGUCUCUGUGCUGCUGAGAAAUUUGUGGAUGAACGUGAGCCCCCACCACUUCCAUCCACGAGUGCUGGUGAAAUAUGGCCUGAUUAGCUGGUCUUUGGCAGAGACCAUGUUCAUGAUCUACAUUUGGCAGUACACCCGCUUUCUCAACGGACAGACCACCCGACGCUGGCGCGCCGUCAACGUGCACAACACCGCAGAGAAGCGCCGGGCCUCGAUGGAGCGCUACCUCUUGGCCAUCAAGCAGGUGUGCGUGGGCGGCUCGGAGGCGCCAACCAAAGCGCCGCAGCGGAACCCCUUGGGCUUAGGACUGCAGAAGGCCCGCGCAGCGCCGUCCCUCGCGCGCACGGGCGAGCGCCGGCCCUUGGGGCUGGCGAGCUCCGCGUCCUCCAUAGCGCGCACGGGGAGCUUUUUGCUUGGCGCGGUGAAGCAAGAGGAGAGCGUGGAGGACCUUCUGAAACACAUGGACGGCUAUGGCUCCAGUGGCGACUUGGACGCCGAGCUCCAAAGGCUUCGGUGGCACGAGCUGGCGACCUUCUUCCACGGCCCAGGCCGCGGCGACGCCGACGAGAUCACCACAUGGCUCCAGCGGGACAACGUCAAGGAUUGGAUCGCUCACUACUGGUUCCGCGGGGCAACGCCGGAGGAGCUCUUGUCGGAUAGCCCCCAGCAGUUUCAGGAACUGCGGGCGCUGGUGGACCUGGUGCUGCAGACGGCAGGUUUGCAACAACUGCGCCAGGGGCGGAAUGAGCAGGUGAAGGCCUACCGGAUUUUUUCGGACCCGCUGCCAGUGGUGCACCGGCCGUUGAUGGUUUAUGCAGGAACCUCCUUGUUUUGUCCGCUGGUGUCCUACAAGGUGAUGCAGUGGCUGGGCUUCCACCGCGAACGUGCGGGCGGCCUUUGCUACUGGAAGCGCUCGCGACGUUCCGGACCCGUGGACGGCGACCUCGCCGCGCCGCGGCAAGUGCCAUUGGUCUUCGUCCACGGAUUGGGUGUGGGCCUAGUUCCCUACUUCAUGUGGAUCUACCGCUUGUCCAAGCGCCACAGUGGUGACUUGUUCAUCCCGGAGUUCCCCUUCUUGGCCAUGGCACCCUGGGAAAGCGUGCCCAGCGCAAGGGAGGUCGUCGCACAGCUCCAGGACAUGCUGGCGGCGCACGGCCACACGGCGGCCCAUUGGGCGGGGCAUAGCUUCGGCUGCGUGGUGAUUGGCUGGGUGAUGAAGAUGUCUCCGUCUUCAUUGCACUUCGCCACGUUGAUGGAACCCGCGCAGUUUUUGAUCAUCAAAGCCGAGGCUCUGACUAAGAUUCUUUGGGGACUCCCCAUGACCACCUUCGAGAUCCUGAUCCGGUACUUUGCCUUCCGAGAGCUUUUCACCGUGAACCUGCUGUGCCGGAACUUCUUUUGGGAGCAAAGCUCGAUGUGGCCCGAGGAUCUGAAGGUUCCGUCGAUUGUGACCUUGGCCGCCGAUGACCACAUCGUCCAGUCGACCUUCGUGAAGCGGCUCUUGGAACAUGAGAAGUCGGCGCGGCGGCUGCAUCGCCGCAUGGCUUCCAAGAAGACGCGGAUCCCAACCUCAGGCUCCUCCACGGACAUCCGGGUGGACACUUUGAACCAAUCCGCCACGACGACCGCGUGUGGGCCAGAACGGCUGGAAAUCCUUUGGAACGAAGGCUUCUUCCAUGGGAAGAUCCUUUGUGAUCGCCGUGCUCAGGACCGGCUUUUCUCACGUAUGAGGUCGUUGGUCCGGGAUGAUGAAACGGAGAACUAGGCGCGAGCCCUCCGCCCUCGCCCUUCGCCUCCACCGAUCUCUGGCCAAUGGACGUGAGGGAAGGGUUCUCCCUCGUCGAUGGAAUGCAUAGCAUAGCAUAUGUAUGUUUGAGUUGGGCAGCAAAAAUCAGGUGGGGUGGCGCCGGUUUGGGGGGUGCAGUCCUGGUGCUUGAUUUUUCGAUGAUUCUUCGAUGAUUCUUCUCAAGAAGCUUUUGUAUCAACCGUUGGCAGGUCCAAAGUGCCAGGAGAGACGUUUCAAUGUGGUGAUGCGAUCAUGCCCUAAGAAUUCCUUGCAUCAAAACAGGGUUUAUCGUCGAUUCCGAGCCAUUAAUUGGAUCCAAAGAGGCGAGGCACUUGACUCUUGCCUCGCGAUUCGCGAUUCCCAGGUGCAAAGUACCGUUUGUAUUUCCAGUGUAGUCGUGGAUCCCUUUUGGGUUACUAAGACGCAGAUGCGGCAGAU